AUGUACAAUCAGAGUACUGAUCACAAGCCAGAACGAGGAGAUGCUCGUGAACUUGAGAUUAUUGGUACAAAUGAUGCAGAAGCUGUCCCAGAGCUUGACCAGGCCGCACAGAGCAGAUUGAUGCGCAAGAUCGACUUGCGUUUGAUUCCCAUGCUCUUUAUUCUCUUUCUACUAGCAUUUAUCGACCGGGUCAAUAUAGGCAAUGCGAAAGUGCUCGGUAUCGAGAAAGAAUUGGGCCUCUAUGGCAACCAAUUCAACAUUGCGCUCUUUGUUCUUUUCGUACCCUUUGUCCUUCUGGACGCACCUUGCAACCUGAUCUUACGACACGUUAAGCCGCAGCUUUGGCUAGGUCUGAACAUAUUCCUCUGGGGAAUUGUUACCAUUGGGCAAGGCUUUUGCAAAAGCUUCGGGAGUCUCGUAGCUUGUCGAGUGCUGCUUGGCGUCUUUGAGGCAGGAUUCUAUCCAGGCUGCAUCUAUGUCAUCUCCAUGUACUAUCGUCGCCACCAGAUGCAAUUCAGGGUGAACAUAUUUUUUUCUGCCAGUAUCCUUGCAGGGGCUUUCUCCGGACUGCUUGCAUACGGCAUAUCAUUUAUGCAUGGUAUUGCUGGUCACUCAGGGUGGCGAUGGGUUUUCAUCCUUGAAGGAGCUCUCACCUCUGUAAUGGCCCUUGUCAGCCUGAUCGUACUCCCGGAUUGGCCUGAAAAAGCAUCGUUUCUCACGUCAGAGGAGCGAACUUACCUUUUGCAUAGUCUUGCAGUGGAUGCAGCAUCAGCAACGAUGAAUGUGUGGACCAAGAAGACAGCUCUUUUGAUCUUUGGCGACGUCAAGAUUUACCUUGGAGCCCUAAUGUACAUGGGAAUCGCCACCACUUCUUACUCGAUUUCAUUCUUCGCACCCACUGUUAUUCACCAGCUUGGGUACAGUGCAGUAAAUGCCCAAUUGAUGACUGUCCCGGUCUUCGUUGUGGCUGCUGUCAUAUCAAUCUCGGUUGGUUUCCUGGCAGAUCAUGUAAGGCAUCGUUUUGGCUUCAUUAUGCUGGGCUGUCUUGUGGCCACAGUCGGAUAUGCCAUCAUGCUGUCACACCAUACCGUCUCUGUUGGUGGACGGUACUUUGCUUUAUUUGCCAUCGCGACUGGAGGCUUCAUCUCCCAGCCCAUUACCAUUGUUUGGCUGAGCAAUAACUUGGCCGGUCACUACAAACGUGCUGUAGGAAGUGCCCUGCAGAUCGGACUGGGCAACGCUAGCGGCUUGAUCGCCAGCAACAUUUUCCUCCCCGCUGAAGCUCCCGAAUAUCCCGCUGGUUAUGGAACUAGCUUCGGGCUUGUUUGGCUCUGUGGCGUCUCUGCCAUGGCCAUGUUGGUGUUGCUGUACUGCGAAAAUCAUAAGCGUGACAGAGGUGACAGAGACUAUAGACUUGAGUUGUCCCAGGACGAGAUUCAGAAUAUGGGUGAUCAUCAUCCUGCUUUCAGGUUUACCUACUAG